AUGGCAACUUCUAUCAAAAUUGAUAAUGGCUUCGCCGUCAAACUUUCAUCUCAUCAACUGUUCCAGAAAAAGAUCUAUUACAGUAACAACAUGGACGAAACAAACCAAGCAAAAUUCAGUUACAGCAUAGUACCCACUACUGCCAAAGAUAAGCAUACUGUUGCUGCUUUCCUAAGGAAAUUCUUUUUCCGCGAUGAACCAUUGAACGUAGCGAUACAGUUAUUGGAAGAAACAGAUUCGGCAGCAAAACUUGAAAAUUACUGCAUUACCUAUUUACAAUAUGGAAUGACAUUUAUGGCAGUAUCUCAAACUGGUGACAUAAUGGGCGUAAUUUUGAACAGCAUAAUGCAUAGAGACGACGUAGAAGAAGACGACGAGGACGGUGAAACAUGUAAUGACAAUUUGAAGUUUAAGGACAUCGUGGUUCUCUUGGAAAAAAUUAAACGAGAAGCAGACGUAUUUGCCCAAUAUAAAAACGUAAAUCGUAUAUUGGAAAUAAAAAUUGUUACAGUGAAUGAAGCUUAUAGAGGCCAAGGAGUAUGCAAGGCGCUCGUCGAUAAAACAAAAGAAUAUGCACUGGAAAUGGGUUGUCAAAUGAUUUACGUAGAGUGCACCAGUCAUUAUUCUGCCAAGGCAGUCGAAAGACUUGGUUUUCAAUGCAUUUAUUCGCUGGCCUAUAACGAUUACGUAAACGAACAUGGUGAGAUGGUGUUCAAAACACAAUCUCCACACAGAGGUGCCAAAGUGUAUGUGUUGCCUUUGUAA